AUGUCUCGGAAACGUCCCAUCGCUAGCGCUAAGCGCACACGCACUGCGCGGACCUUUGAUGAGGUACCGAAGAAAUCAAAGGUGGUGCUGCUGUCUUGUGGGUCUUUCAACCCAGUGACAAAUAUGCACCUGCGCAUGUUUGAACUGGCAAGAGAUCACCUGGAGGACACGGGACGGUAUGAAGUGGUGAAGGGGAUCCUGUCACCAGUGGGCGAUGGCUACAAGAAGAUAGGCCUGAUCGAGGCCAGCCAUCGGGUGGAAAUGGCCAAGCUGGCGGUAGAGAGCUCCAGCUGGAUUGAGGUGGACAGCUGGGAGAGCAGGCAGGCCGACUGGCAAGAGACAGUCAAAGUGCUACGGCAUCAACAACAGGAACUGCUCUCCCAGGAACCGGACACUGAUGUGGUAGGCACUGCAAAACCUGGCAGGAAAAGAAAACGCAUGGAUGCCAGCAGUGCCACCAAGAGGAGGAAGCUCGAAGAGCCUGAUAUUGCACCUAAAAAAACAGGUAAUAAUUGGAGCUUCCCCUUACACAGUCCCUUUGCCUUCUUACUGCAUUAUGCCGCUCCCCUCGAUGGUGUUGAAAUUAUCGGAAUUUCCGCUGCCUCCUCAGGUGAGCCGCGCGUGAUGCUACUCUGCGGUGCUGAUGUGCUGGAAUCAUUCGGUGUGCCGGGGCUGUGGAAGCCUCAGCACAUCGAGGAGAUUGCCAGCACAUUUGGACUGGUGUGCAUCACCCGCGGCGGAUCGGAUGCGGAAGCCUUCAUACAGGGCUCCGACCUCCUCUUGCCACACCGCAGCAACAUCCACGUGGUGCAGGAGUGGGUGGCCAACGAUGUGUCGGCCACUCGCAUCCGCCACGGGCUGCGGUGUGGCCACAGUGUCCGCUACCUUCUGCCCGACCCGGUGCUCGGCUACAUUCAGGAGCGGCAGCUGUACAAUGCGGAGAGUGAGCAGAGGAACGAAGGGGUUGUGCUGGCUCCUCUCCAGAAAUGUGCAAGAACGCAGGAGUAA